AUGGCUGAUAGGUUAUUGCACGGAGGCGCGUGUCUUCGGAGAGCUCUGCAGUUCGUACCGCGCAAGAGACUGGAGAUUCGGCCUGCUUCUGCUUUUCAAACCCGUUCGUUUCGGCACUCACAGCGCAUAUUCAACUCGACGACGACGACACCGACUGCCCAGGAGACGACUACAGCUCAGGACGCACACUCUAUAGCUGAUGCUAUCGCGAAAGAUGCCCCAAAAAGCCUCGAUGCCCCAGCUGACGAAGCAAUAUGGAAGAAGAAGGAAAACCUUAGAAUGGAACGGGCAGUCAACAAGGAGUUGCAAUAUCUAAACAAUGACCCUUGGAAAGUUGCAGAAUAUGUCAAAAAAGCACUUGAAGCAAAGAAAUUCGAUCAAGCCCAUCUUUUGGUUCAAAAGGGCAGUAAAGAUAUGCAAUUGGUCGUGUCAUGGAAUUUCCUAUUGGAAUAUUUGCUCAACCAGCAACAAGUCAAGGCAGCGAUCAAGCUAUUCAACGAGAUGAAAAAGCGCGCACAGUUUCCUAACGCACAAACCUACACUACCCUGUUCCGUGGUCUCGCCAAGUCGAACCACCCUAAAACCGCUGUCUUCGAGGCUGUGAAGCACUAUAACGCCCUUUUCAAGGACUCCCGCCUAGAACCAAACAGUACUCAUCUGAAUGCUGUGCUUAGCGUGUGCAACCGAGCGGGCGACCUGGACUCCAUGUUCUCCAUCGUCGACACUCUCAAUGAGUCAACUCGAGCUCCAACUUCCUACACCUAUACUACCGUUCUCAAUGCUAUACGAUUCAACACGCUUGACGGCUUGGAAAAACUGUCGCCUGAACAGAAGGAGUUCAAUCUCAAAAAAGGUACUCAGCGCGCCAAAGCCAUCUGGUCAGAAGUUAUGAGUAAAUGGAGGCAAGGACGUCUGACCAUUGACGAGGAGCUCGUCUGCGCAAUGGGUCGUAUGAUGAUCAUCUCGAGUGACAUCAACGAGAAAAAGGAGGUUCUUGAUCUCAUUGAACAGACAAUGAACAUACCCAACUUGUCCAAAGUCAAGGAAAUGUCAGCUGAGGAAGCACGCAAGACAAAUCCUAAUACCGGUCAAGUGGUCAAGAAGGAUAAGAAUGGUGUCUUUGUCAGUCCUGGGAACAAUACCUUGUCUCUGAUAUUGAAGGUUGUGUUGCAGACGAAGCUCAACAGCCUGGGCAUCAAGUACUGGAAUUUCAUUCUUCGCGAAUAUAAUCUCGAGCCUGACCGGGAUUGCUGGUUGCGCCUCUUUAGCAUUCUCAAGCAAGCCAAAGCAAGCGGUCAUGCUACUGAGAUUCUGGACAUAAUACCGGCGAGUAUCACUGGGCCAAACUUCUAUCGCAUAGCCUUUGAAACGUGCGUUCGUGAUAACAUCAACCCAAAUGUCAUCAAGAAUGCCAACCGCGCGUUCGACAGCAUGAUGAAUCACCUAGAGAUGCCCGACGCUCAUCUCAUGCGCCUCUACCUCAACGUUUCUCAGUCCACGCACUAUCACUUGCGUGCUCGUGCUAAGGAAGGGGACGUGGCUGGUGCCAAACGUGCCUAUGGCGUCCAGAUCACCGACGCGCUUGAUCGUCUGUGGGUGCCCUACCGCAAACUUCACGAUUACUACUUCAAAAAGGUUAAACCUGAGACCAAGGAACAAAAGAAGGUUCUUUAUAAUGAUCAACGUGAAGUAAUUGCUCUCGCACGCAUCAUGUAUGGAUCAUUCAAUAAGGUUAUUCAGCAGGAAAUGCUCCCUGAGGAAGACCUCAAGAGAAUACGCCCUGUCGGGGGGCGCAUCAAUCGUGAGAUUCAGGCAUUUUAUGCCAACCGGGAGGAAAUAGAACCCAACUUGCGCAAGACGAAGGGUCGUGGCACAGCCGAGGAAGAUAUGUCUACACAGAAUGAGGCCAUGAAUACGGCCAAUUUUUGGGACACCACUCAAGCAGGAAAACCCCGGCCCCCAAAGCAGACAGGCCGAAGGCAGCCGCAUCGUGAUAAUGGCCCAGGUGAUGGCUAUCAACGCGAAGAAAGCUCAAGGUCCGAAUCCGAGCCUCCAAGGCGUGCCCCCUUCUCGUACAAAACAUACCUUACAGACAGCCAGCUGCCACCCAGAACGCGAAUACCAGAAAAAGACCUACGCCAAUGGAAAGACGGCACGCGGCCAGUGAGGCAGCCCGAUUAUGUCGGCUAUCGUGGCCCUCGUCCUAGCUGGGACGCGACUCGUGACGACAGGAAGGCCGAGCGCCGCUUUGGCAACCCGCGACGUUAA